AUGUCUUAUUAUAUGUGGAUGAUUUUAUUGUUCGCUGUUGCAAUCAAUGGACGAACUAUACCAAGAAACCCUUUGGAGAAGAAUAUUCUCAGUUUUUUGACGAAAUGGCAAGCAGAUGUGUUAUCAAUUCCGUCGCUAAAGUCUUUAAAAAUACCACCAGUUCAAUACAACUACCAAGGUAGAGGAAUUAAGAUGGAUUACUCCAUUGGUGAUAUGGAACUGACUGGUCUCAACCAAUUUUCUAUCGAAAAUAUUGCUGCGUCAGAAAAAACGUUAGAAGUGUCUUUAACAUUGCUAUUUCCGGUCUUAACCCUUCGUUCAGAACAUUAUAAAUUGUACGGCCGGGCAUAUUAUGUAUAUCCACUUAGAGGAUCGGGGAAAAUGAAUAUAGUCUUCCGGAAUUCUAUAAUUACAGCCACGGUGCGUUUUACAUCUGAUGGAGGCGGUACAAGAAUUCAAGAUUUCUUAUUAAACUUCGAUGUGAAAGAAAUAGAGGCUGAUCUCGAGAACAGUUCAUGGCCAAUUAAUACAUUACUAAAUACUGAAGGCGCUCAAAUUCUUGAGGAAUAUUAUAGUACAAUAGUCGAAGCGCUAUGGGAUUAUGUUGUGCCCACCGUAAACGACUAUUUGUUAGAAGUGCCACCAUCACGCCUUUUACAAAUCAUUGUACAUUCCGAAUAA